AUGUCGAAUAUAAAUCUUCCACAGUCUAGUCUAUUUGUAUAUAAAAGCUCCCUUGAGUCCAAAGUAUUUCCUAUGCAGCUAUCGGAGAUGAUGAAGGCUCAUAAGCUACUACUUUUAGGAUUUAUAGACAGACAAGACGAAGAAGAUGCCAAUAAUUUUGAAUUGAGGAGCAAGCUUCUCGAUCAAAAUAAUUCUCUUUGUAAAGAAAAUGAAACACUAAAACGGUUGGUUUCCCUUAUCAAAAAUUACGACCCUUAUAAUUAA